UUCCUUGUUGCGCUAGGCUGGUAAUCUGUGUCUGGUGUCAACACUCAACAUUCAAUAAAUUAUUUCCAUUGCUCAACAUAGACAUCCCAAUUGCAUUCAAUCAAAAUGAAUAUGCAACAACGUGAAGAAAAACAACUAGAGGCAACAAUAUUAGCAAUUUUGAGUCGUGUAAAUGAUUUAAAAACUGCUAUCCAAGCUCUAAUAACAAAACUGGAAACUGAAUAUGAAACUAUUAAUUGGCCAUCAUUUCUGGAUAAUUAUGCUAUUCUAUCUGGACAUUUAACUGGACUUAGUAAAAUACUUCAAGCUGAAUUGGCAGCGUCAUUACGGUCAAGAAUAGUUUUACCCUUACAAUUGAGUUGUGAGAGGGAUGAAGCAUUGGCACGUCUGACAGAGGGACGAGUACCGGCAUGCACCCACGACCUAGUGCCUGAUUUGUUGCGAACUAAACCAGAACCACAGGCAGAACAACGUCUACAACAAUUUAAUCAUAAGGCCAGCACUCUUAGCUAUGAUACAGCCCAGAAACAAGUGGCUCAAUUUACAAAAGUAGUAAGCCAUGUGUGGGAAAUUGUAUCAAAAGGACGUGAAGACUGGGAAGGAGAAUCGAUGCGAUCUGCUGGAAUGCAACCAACUCAUAAUAUUGCUGAUACACAUGCCUUAGUAACAGCAGUCGGAACAGGGAAGGGUUUAAGGCCUGGUAUGCCCCCAAUUGUGCCCCAAGGUGUAGGUGCACCAGGCAUGGGACCCUCAAGAGGACCUACUCCACAACUGGGACCUGCAGCACCAUCUUUGCCUAAACCUCCUUCAGCUAUUAAAACUAACAUCAAAGCAGCUAAUCAGAUACAUCCAUAUCAGCGAUAAAUACGGCUUGAAAAUUUUGUGGGUUACACAGAUUGUAUCCAAGUAUAUAAGGACAAUAUUUAAACAUAUUAAACACAAAUUAGAUUGGUAAUUGUU